AUGAUAGAAUUUUUAAUUAGAACAAGAAUAAAUAGAUAAGGUUCUAAAGGAAAGCGGUAUAAAGUUAAUAAUAUUUGUUAGAGAGCAAUGUUGGGAAUUGUGUAAUUUCUAUACAUUUUAGAAUAUCAAAGCCUUAGAAGACAAAUAGAAAUCCUAAUAAACUGGGAUUAGUUAAAUUAAACAAUUAAUGACUAAAAAUUUAAAUUUUAUAAAAGUUUUUAUUCAUCAAAAGAAUCUAAAUAAUGAUUUCCUAUAGAUUGUUCAAAUUGAUGUAAUUGCUAUUUAAUUUAAAAAAAUGCACUUUUAACUUGUAUAAAUUGAAAUAUGCAAAAAAUAAUGUAUUAGCUAAAUUAUGAUCUAUUUUGAAUAAUACCUUUAAUUUUUAAAUAUGAUUUCAAAAAAUAUAAAUUGUCAAACAUAGCAUGUGAUAUGUAUUAAUAAUUACCUGCCAUCUAACAGUUCGACUCAUUUGAUCAAUAAAGAGAGUAAGAGGAGAGACUAAUCAUAAUCGACUUGGUUUUUGAAUGAUUAUAAAGUCUCAAAGGAUGAAUUUUAUUUAACAGAAUGA